GGUAGUGAAAUACUAACGGUUACAAUAACUACAUGGCGUCAUUUCUACAAUGAUACGCACAAAUGUAUAGAAUUCCGCAAUUUAUUAGAAGUAAUGUAAUUCUAAGAUCGUCAAAUUCUAUUUUCUUUAAAUUUAAUUUAUUUAAAUAUGUAUCUAUUAAAGUGUAAGGUAAAUAAUAAUAACCAUAAAGUGCAAGAUAGUGAUAUUGUCAAAGAUGAGACUGAUAAUAUUAAUAUUGGUGAUAUUGUGCCAUACAUGCAGAAGGGAAAACAAUUAGACGGUGAAGUGUUGAUGAUUGCAGAUGAAAGUAAGAUUGAUGAAUAUCUAAAGGAGUUGAAUAAUGAAAAUAAGGAAGUAAAAAGGAAACGGGUUAGACCAUUACCCUAUUCUCCGGAGACAUUCCAUCUUAAGCCAAAGAAACCCAAAGCUAAUGUUUUAAACAAAAACAAAGUAUCGAAGAAACCAGAAAAGGAAAACGUCCUUUCUCGAAAUCAAGUACAAAGUUUAAUAAAAAAGAAGGAAUCACUGAUGACAUUAGAAGAAAACAAACACAGUUCUAACAUCACUACUUUGUCAAAUAUAACAGAUAGAAACUUAUCGUUGGCGUCAGUAAGUGAAGAUAGUGAUGCAUCACCAUUUGUGAAGCAGAAACAUCUUCAUACUAGGAAUGAAAGUUUAUUAGAAUUGAAGAAACUUAACCAGAAUAUGACAAAUCCUAAAAAUAAUAAGCCUGCAAAUAAUAACAAAAAUAAAGCUGAAAAAAAAAGUAUUGGAAAAGUAAACAUCAAUGACGAAAAACAGAAUAAAAGCGAAUAUUCUAACAUGCAGAAAGAGAAAAGUAAUCUUAAUAAAAAUGUGACAAAUAAAGGAGAUGAUGUAUAUGAGUUAGAUUCCGAAGAUAAUGGUGAUGUAGAUAAGAAUGAUGAUGACAAAGUAAAUGAUGAUGCAGGAAAAAAUGACGAAGGUGAUCACGAUAGCGAUAAUGCAGAUGAGAAUGAAAAAGAUGCUCACGAAUGUGAUGAUGCAGAUAACAAUGAAAAAGAUGGCCAUAAGAGUGAUGAUGUGGAUAAAAAUGAAGAAGAAGAUCACGAAAGUAAUGAUGCAGAUAACAAUGAAGAAAAUAGCAAUGGGAAUAAUGAUGAAGAUGACAAUCAGGAAGACGUCGAUGACAGUGACGAAGAAAAUUGGGAUCAUCUUAACUAUCAGAUACAUAAAAAAGACGACCCUGGAAUGCGCGAAGUAAAAGAUGGAAUUUACAUCAAUAGGAAAAUUUAUGAUAAUGCCAAAAAAACAAAGUCCACAAAGCCGACCCAUCUUAUUCGCCGUUUAAUGGACGGUGUAUUUAUUCAAAGUGAAGUUCUCAACUGUACUUUAACAGGUAAUCCUGGAAGAAAUAAAAGGCAAAACGAGGAUGAGUGUGAAAUGCUUCACCCUCUAGCCGUAGCAGCAAUUAUCAGUAAAGCAACUUCAUUGUACAAGAAAGCUCGGCCAAAUAAAAUGUUUAUAUCAACCAAAAGUAUUCAUGAGACAAUAAGCCAAAAGUUGUACGAAAUGAAAGUAAAAGGAAGGCGCGAGAAAGAUGGAAAUAGAAACCAGUGACAGCUUCGUUGAUAACUUAAAAAUUAUGAUUAUGAUAUUAUUAUUUUUUUUAAAAUUUAAAUCUGUAUGAGAAAGAAAAUUUAAAAUCCACUUCAAUAAAUAACUUUAAUCACAAAUACAAAA